AUGAACGCUAAUAAGGAAAUUUAUCCACUGGCGUACUCAAUUGUAGAUUCUGAAAACGGAGCCAGUUGGACGUGGUUUCUCAAACGGCUAGCAAGACAUGUCUUUUCCGAUCUUCCUUCAAUUUGUAUCAUUUCGGAUAGACAUGCCGGGAUAGAUGUUGCAUAUAAUAAGUUACCUGAAUUACAAAGCAGUCGGGUCAAGCGCCGUUUUUGCCUAAGACACAUUCGAAGUAAUGUGAUGACCAGGUUCAAAAACAGCAGACUGAAGGGCUUAGUAUGGGAAGCAGGUACUGCCGUUACUAAAAACAAAUUCUAUUCGUCAAUGCAAAGCAUACAACAAUACUGGCCAGACGCCCACAAUUAUUUGUCUGCAAUCGAGCCCGAAGCGUGGACAUUAUCUCACGAUGGUGGUCACCGGUAUGGCAUAAUGACAACUAAUUCAUUUGAAUCAUUUAAUAAUUCUCUAAAGGGUUGUCGAAUGCUACUGGUCACGGCAAUAGCAAGGCUUACUUUCCACAAGUUAAGCACAAUGUUUGCCGACAAACGUACAUCGGGGCAAAGGAUGGAAGCUGCUGGGUUGCACUGGCCAACAAAUAUUUGCAAUGAGUUGCAGAAAAGAGAACAACAGUCGUACAAUGCAAGCAUUCAACGAUUUAAUGACGCAAAUGGAUUGUACGUCGUUGCUCUUCAGUCAGGAAACAUUUCCCAAGGUUCAGAAACUUAUGUCGAAGUUCACUUGCGCAGCCGUACGUGUAAAUGCGGAAAGUGGAAGACCGAUGGAUUACCAUGUGCACAUGUCAUAGCAGUAUGUAAAUAUCGAAGGGAAUCAUAUGACUCGUUCGUGGCAAAAGAGUACUCUAUCGAUAAUUACAAAAGGAGCUAUGCAGCUGAUUUCUUUCCACUCGACACAGAUAUCCAGUUCACAAAUCAAGUCACAUGCAUCCCACCACUUUUGGGCAGGCGUCCAAAUAAUCCAGGACAACGACAAACACGUCGGUUUCCAAAUGAAAUGGAUUUUCGAACUUCUACUAGGAGGAGAUGUAACUACUGUCUAGCUCGUACUCAUACUUCGACACAAUGUCCAAAUUUGAAUAACCAAUAA